AUGACACUUCCAAGGCUUGAGGAUGCUCGCACAGCAGCAAGAAAUGGAGACAUUCGUAAAGCAGAGCAAAUAUAUACAGAGAUACUCGAAUUGAAGUCUGCUGAUACUUACCACAGGAAUGAAAAACUCAUUGAUAUGCAAGAGAUAGGCAUCCAAGAACUUGGUGAGCUCUAUCGUGAUAACAACAAUGAAGAGAAGUUGGUGGAGCUGGUUUCAAAAGCUCGUUAUACCAUGGGCGCCUUUGCAAAAUCGAAAACAGCCAAAAUCAUUAAGAAUUUGAUUGACUUAAUCGAGCAUUCCAAAUUCAGUGAUGCACUUUCUGUAACUAUCAAAACAACUCAGGAAUGCAUUGAUUGGGCAAUUGAUGAAAAGCGUACCUUUUUGAGACAGGCAUUACAAAUUCGUCUAGCUUCUCUUUUUUACAAAAAUAAAGAGUUCAUGAAAUCUCUCUCGGAGAUAUCCCCUUUGUUGAGGGAGUUCAAAAAAUUGGAUGACAAAUCUUCGUUGGUUGAAGUUCAACUUCUGGAGUCAAAGAAUCAUUUUCAGCUGAAAAAUCAUGCAAAGUCGAAAGCUGCAAUAACUUCGGCCAGAACCUCAGCCAACGCGAUCUACUGCCCGUCACAAUUACAGGCAGAGCUGGAUUUGAUGAGUGGAAUUUUGCAUGCAGAAGACAAAGACUUUAGUACAGCAUUUUCAUACUUUUAUGAAGCAUUCGAAAAUUAUCAGAUUCAUACAGAUGAAGAGAAGACGAUAAAGGUGCUGAAAUAUAUGCUGUUAUGCAAAAUCAUGCUGAACUCAAUUGAUGACGUCAACUCUCUUCUUAAUAAUAAGAACGUGUCGAAAUAUGCUCAAGGAAAAGACAUAGAAGCUAUGAAAUCUGUCUCAUUGGCACAUUCAAAUAGAUCUUUGAAGGAACUUGAGGAUUGUUUGAAAUCGUAUGUGACUGAAUUAACCCAAGAUCCGAUUAUAAGGUCACACCUAGCAGAUCUUUAUGACUCUCUAUUUCAAAAAAAUCUGUUGAAAUUGAUAGAACCUUAUUCUUGCAUCGAAAUAUCUCACAUAAGUUCGAUGAUAGGGCUUCCUAAGAACAUUAUCGAAAGCAAACUGAGUAACAUGAUAUUGGAUAAAGUGUUUUAUGGAGUCCUUGAUCAGGGAAAUGGGUGGCUUAUAAUUUAUGAGGAGCCUCUUAAGGACGAGAUGUAUGAUUUGAAUUUGAACGUAAUCAGAACUAUGUCCAAUGUUGUUGACUUGCUUUACGAAAAAGCUUCUCUUUUAGAGUAA